UGCGUGAUUGCUAUUAUAGCUCAUUACGCAUGAUCAUUGCUCACAGCUUGAGCUUGGGCAACCUGCGCAAGCUAAUUAUUUACGACAUUACGACACCGUAGUGAAUGUGCAGUGACCUGAAAUGAAAACGAUUACUUCAUCCGAAUCAGCAGAUUAAGAAGAGGCCACAUCACUGUCAUCUUAUACAGGUACAAAUUGUCAUUAUAAGCAUUAUAUUUAUAUAAGAUCAGGGAAAUCCACUGAAGUUUGUAAAACUUUGUCUGUCUGUUUUAAAAAAGGUUCUCAUUAAAUGACAGCAUUGUUUUGACCUGAUUUGCAUCUGGAGUGUUUGUUUCUUUUCCCUAGGGAGACAACGAACAAGCAAUUAGGCCGUAACGACCGGUCGAGCAACAAAAACAUGGUCUAAUAGAUUUGUUCCUAUCAUCAUCACGAGAUAUUGUCUCCUGCAAUGAAGAAGACAGCGAAGGAAGGUGUAAAACGGGGAAAGAACAGGGCUCCUCAUAAGAAAGUAGCGCCCGCUGCUGCAAUAACAAACGAGAAAAACUGUACGCCGGCGGACGUGGUCGUUAGUCAGAAAGCGUUACGUACCACAGCAAACAGGUUUGACAAAGAGCAAGAUGUCACAGCGAAAAAGAUCGCCAAUGGACGACUUCCUCCAUUAGUGCCUCCUGUUAAAAUAUUACCACAAAAGAAUAACGACAUUGAACUUAACGAACGCCAGAAUGCCAAGAAAAACCAUAAGCUUGUUGACACGCCAGAAGUUGAAUCAGGGAAACUUCCCAUUUUUGAUGAAACUCCUUCGCGAACAUCGAGUCCAGCGACGAGGAGAAGGGACGCAAAUAUGACUAACUAUGAGAGAAUGCUACAACGGGAGAAGAACAGAGGCAGAAAGAUAAGUGCUGGAACUAAUUACAACAUACUUCAAAGCGAAACAGAGGAUCAAGAUGGUCAAUCAGUUGAAGGAUCGACUCUGGUUGUUGCGGACGAAACCCAAAUUAAUCGGUCGAAUCUGUCGAAUGCUUCGUUACGAAGUCGUUCUUCAGCGAAGCACGACCCGAACUAUGCUUUACUGCAGUAUUUCGCUAAGCUCUCUAGCUCUGCUGAUGUGGACGAUUCCUUGGACUUAGAGCAUGUUCAAUCUCUGUUACGUGAAGGGGCUUCCGUGAACACGUGUGACCGAUUCGGUCAAACACUGCUCCACGAAGUGUCGAAGACUUGGGGAACAGAUGUCGCUCAGUUUUUUAUUGACCAAGGAGCUGACAUGAACAAAGCGGAUGAUUAUGGCCGAACACCGCUGCACGUGGCUGCCUCAGCUGAUUAUUCAGAGAUGGUCAGGUUUCUUAUUGAUCAUGGUGCCAAUGUUCACGUGACUUCUGCGGGUGAGGGCCAGACUCCGCUGCACUAUGCCGCAAAGAAUGAAGCUGUUCAGUGUGUGAAGAUUCUGCUGGCGUCUGGCGCUGAUAUCGAUGCCAGAGACUUCAAACUUCGAAGUCCUUUACAGGUCGCCGCAGAGCACAACAGUGCCGAGGCAACAAGGGUACUUUUGGACGGAGGAGCCUCGGCUGGCGUAAAAGACAACAGUGGAAUGUCUGCACUUGCCCUUCUUAUUUCCAAGAUGCCUGUUGUGGCUUACAAAGCUCUUGAUCAGUUCCAUUCAGUUGACAGAAUUCAUCGUAAACAAAAUUUUUAUCUGAAUUUCUUGGAAACCGACGACGGCAAAACUUCCGCUCCCUCACCCUUACAAGCUGCCUCUCAAUCAAACUGUCUGGAACUUAUAAUGCAUCCGAUCUUCCAACGCCUCAUUGAUGUAAAAUGGAGAUAUUUUCGACUUGAAGCAUGGCUAGAUAUUCUUCCCAACGUGUUGAUGGCCAUUUUUUACACCAUCUUGGCAUGCUCCGUCCCUCAAGAAGUAAACAAGUUUUAUUCACCUCUUACUAAAAAUUGGUGGAAGAUAGUAAUCGAAGUUGUGUUUGUUGUUAUAACAUUCAAUGAAAUCAGAAACGAGGUGAAGGAAUACUACCGAUCCAAAAAACAAUCCAGUAAAUUCAUAAAAUGGAGAAAGAAAGAGGUGGAACGUGAUUUGGCAUUUUGCCACCCGCGUUGGCCUCAAGAAAGAACGUUCGUCGAACAAGAGAUGCGGCGGAUUAAACUGGACAAAGAGAAUAAGCGGACUUAUUUCUCAGACGCAUGGAACUAUAUCGACUGGAUCACCUAUGCCAUGCUGAUGGUAGUUAUUAUUCUCCACAUGAUAAACCUGUGGGUCGAUGAUAAUCUGUACAAUGAUGUCUUCGUUCGCAUUUUGUCAUGCACAGUGAUUCCUGUCUGGCUUCGUUUGCUCAAGUAUGCCCGGCCCUUCCCCAGUCAGGGACCCUUUGUCGUGAUGCUCGACCAUAUCAUUUUAGAUAGUGCAAAGUGGUUGUUUGUGAUUUCGAUGUUCUACAUUCCUUACGCGGCUGCAUUUUGGAUCAUGUUCGGUCCACAGUCACAAAUCCCGGUGAAGGGAUACAACAGCACAACAAGCUUAAUUUACACGAUGAUCCGUAUUCCCUUGCUAGAUGACUAUAAUUUUACGGGCUUGGAAAAAGCUGCCCCUUACAUGUCACGUUUUCUUUGUGGUUCUUUCAUCAUCAUUGCUGCUAUUGUUUUAAUGAAUCUUUACAUUGCGCUUUUGUCGAACACGUUCCAGCGGGUUUACGACAACGCGCGAGCCACUGCUGCCAUACAGCGGGCUCGGCUUCUUCAAGAUUUGGAGCUGGACGCGUCAGCGACGAAACGGAGGCGCUAUAGAGAGUACAUAAGUACGAACUACAGUCCCGAGGAAACUGACUAUAUCGCAGUGCUCUCAGAAGAAGAAGAACAAACCCGAAAACAGGGCGAAAAGGUUUCUGAAAUUCACAACAUUGUCACCAAGCGCUUUGGCGGCAAGAAGUUUGGCAAACUUGAACGAAGUGAAUUUGAUUCGGUGUUGGAUGAUUUGGACAUGCUCAAACGAUCUCACGGAGAGUUGAAACGUUCUCUUUCUUUGUUAACUUCAAACCUGGAAGAACUGACCAGGACAACUUCGUUAAUCUUAGAAGAUCGCGAGCGCGUCGGUCAGGAGCGAUACCACGACGGGCAAGAGGAGAUUUUGAAGCGCCUAAACUGGACAGUUUCAAGAUUAGAAUCCGUGUACGCUAUCGACAACGGCUUAAAUCCUGGUCAACCAUUACGAAACCAUAAGGCGAACCAAACAGGACAGUAGCAGAAUCAAUAUGCCUGACAACACAGACUAGAGCUGGGUACCAAUGAUCAUAUGUAGUCACAUCGGCAUUCUUAUUCAACUACAAAAAUAUGAAAAACCAUUAUUAAAAUUUUUCGAGUUCAGCUUCUCAUUAUUAAUUUCGGCGAUUAAUUUCAACUUCUUCAGAAUUACUAUCUAAGUUAAAUUUUAGGUGCCUUAUUUUUUCGAAGAAAUAGUACAGUAUGAUGAAGUCUGUAUGAUGUCAACUUCGACAGAGUCCAUUAUUUUUAUUUAUUAUUUAUUUUAAUCUUAAAUCAGUUGAUUUAUCUCAGUCCGCCAGAGGUUUUAGGUAUACUGAGGGCCAAGGGUUUCCAAUUGUAGCUUAUUGUCCUUGACAGCGAAGUACAGAAUAGUUUAAGUUUUGGGUUUUACGGUACAUAGUACGUAGUGAAAUGAUGACAUCGUAUUUGCCCCAGCAUCAAAAAUCGACGUAGUUGGGGAACGCGAUGAUAGUAUUACAAUACUUUAUUAAGGAAUGAAAAGAAAAACGCUUUGUUACAAAAUUUCUCUUAAUCUAUUUAAACUAGAAAGUGGGAUAUGUUCAGUACAACCUUAGAAGACAGAUGUCUCUUUUCAUAGGCCCAUUACCCAUUUCCCUUUCCCGCUAGCGAGACGUUUGAGUGAGAUUUGACCCAAAUUCAUAUAAUGAUGAUAUAGCUCUGUGGCUAUCUGCGUGGGUCGCUCUAUUGGCUGUAAAUCGUUGCGCACGAAAAUUGGGGAGCAGGGAUAGCGCAGUGGUGAGAGCGCUCGCCUCCCAACAAUGUGGCCCGGGUUCGAUUCC